ACCCCCUUCAUCCCCCUUUCGAUUGUAUAUAACACCAACAUGGGCUGCUCUGAGGACUCGCUGAAGCCUCUUUCGGCUAGCAUUUCCUGGGCUCAUUCUUUUUUUCAUCUCAACUUACAUACCUGCUUGGACAGUCGUUAUACCACCAUUUUUACAUUCAUUCCGAGAUCUGCGAUCGUUUAUUUUAUUUCAUCUCAUUCCAAAUCACCUCACAUCGAUUUAUUUAAACAACCGCAAUCAUGAAGACCUCAACAUUCUUUACCCUGGCCCUAACCGCCGCCGUCGCGGUAGCAGACCAAGGAAUCGCGCACCCGCCCACAAAAGUCAAGCGGGACGUCGCCGCCAUCACAUCCGCAGUAUCCCAAGUCUCAGCCGCGAUCAGCCAACUCGACACCUCUGUAAAAUCCUUCGACGGGUCGGACCUUUCCUCCGUACAAACCAACGCCAAAGGCCUAGUCUCGGCCCUAACAUCCGGAGCCUCAGCACUUACUUCCUCAGGCGGAACCCUCUCCCUCGCCGACGCUUUAGGACUCCAAGAUGUUGUCUCACCCCUUGGUCCCGCGGCUGAGGGUCUGGUAAAAGAUAUCACGGCGAAAAAAUCGCAAUUCGAACAAGCGGGGCAAUGCGCUGUUGUGGGCAGCGCGGUGCAGAGCGCUGGGACCGCGGCGAAGUCCCUGGUUGAUGGUGUCGUGGCGCAAGUCCCGGAUGCGGCGAAGGCGGUUGCGCAGCAAUUGGCUAGUAAGAUCGUGGAUACGUUGACGAACUUGGCGGGUGAAUUUGCGGCGGAUAAGUGUAAGGACGCUUCGGGCUCGGCUAGUGCGACUUCGGCGGCUGCCGCUGUGUCUACGCCGCUUGCUGCUGUUACUUCGGCUUCGAGUUCCGCGGCUGCGGCGACGGAGACCCUGGCUGCUACGGGUACGGCGAAGGAAGUUUCUGGUGGAAGUGCGGUUACUGUUACGGUUACGGCGCCGUGUGCUUGUUCUGCGUCUUCGUCGUCGGCGGUGGUGGCUAUUACUAGUACCCCAGUCCAGAGCGCCAACUCGACGACUCUGCCUACUGGUACUGGUGGAUUAUCCGUUACCCAGACCCCAUCUCAACUCCCCGUUACCGCCGGCGCUGUCGCUCAUGGAGUAAGCUCGGGAUCCGUUGGUUUUGUAGCCGCGCUCGCUGCUAUGUUGUUUAUGUGAUUUCAUAUAUACCCACAGUCAUUUCGUUUCGAUAUAUUUCGUCUGGCUUUUACUUUUAGUUACGUCUUCAAUGGAUGAGGAAUGAAUGAUAGCUCGAAAGCUGGAACUUUUUCGUCGUUUCGUGUUAGCGGCGUUUUGCGUAUCCGUAUCCGCUGGUGCGGAUUUAUCGUCUUGUGUAUAGUGGAUGAGAAAAGCUAUAUAUACGAUGUCUGACAGCGACUUCUUUUGCUUUAGGAAGAAAUUCGUGUAGCUCGCGCUCCAUUAAGGAAAUAUGGUUUGUCAAUGAAUAUGAAUGAGAGAUGGAAGUAUACUCUGCUUAGACUUAGACAUGUUAGCGAGCGAGCUGUUCCCACGAUCCUGCUUU